UCGGUGGGGAGGUGCUUCCAUUGGCUUGGUGGGCAGGUGGUGGGGAGGUGCUUCGGUUGGCUCGGUGGAGAGGUGGUUCGGCCCACUCAGUGGGGAGGUGGUGGGGAUGUGCCUUGGCCGGCUUGCUGGGGAGGUGGUGGGGAGGUGCUUCGGCCUGCUCGGUGGGGAGGUGGUGGGUAGGUGCUUCGUUCCGCUCGGUGGGGACGUGGUGGGUAUGUGCUUCGGCCGGCUCGGUGGGGAGGUGGUGGGUAGGUGUUUAGGCUGGCUUGGUGGGGAGGUGGUGGGGAGGUGGUGGGUAGGUGCUUCGCCCGGCUUGGUGGGGAGGUGGUGGAUAGUUGCUUCGGCCGGCUCGGUAGGAGGUGCUUUGGCCGUUUCGGUGGGGAUGUUCUUUGGCUGGUUCGGUGGGGAUGUGCUUCGGCCGCUCGGUGGGGAGGUGGUUUUGGUAAUGGCGGUGGUGCACUACUUCCCAUUGACGCCCUCGCUUCUCAGUUCGCGUGCUUACAAGUACACUCUGUUCGGAGCAGCGUUCACUUAUGCGUUUUCCAUUUAUCUCCAGCAUGCGGUUCCAUCACCUAUGAAGCUUGCUUCGAUAAAAGCCUGGUUUGGGAGAGUAGCAGCGUCCAGUGAUUUCCUUUCAUUGUUAUAUUGCUUUAUUUUCAUAUCCAACAUGACUCCCAUCGUUUUGGUGGUGAUUCCGUUGGGCGCUGUUGGCUUGUACCAAUGUUCACAGCACUUGAAGCGGAAUUUUAGUCGGGCAGCUCUCUACAGGAAUUACCUGCAGAAAGGCUGUUUGUGGCUGGAGCAGAAUGCAACACAAAUUCAGUUGUUUUCUGCAAACGCUGAAGUAUUUGUUGGCUUUAUGCUGAUUAUUCGAGCAUUCACCUUAUUGUCAGAGUUUUAUGCGCUCAGGAAUGUUCUAUAUUACUUGGAACAUUAGCCGAGACUUGGUUGUGGCUUGUCCAAUCGAUCGCCAAAUACAGAAUCUGGAAAUUGGCGAUUUUUGUGGUUAGGCUAGCAAAUUGGCAGGUUUUCAGGAGUCAUCAGGACUGCUGUCCUUUUCAUUCGGGAUAUUAGAUAAGGGGGAUAAUAUUUUGUCCCCUUGGAAGUAUAUGGAUGAAACUCAGUUUUUUGAUGUGUUUACUUCACAGUGUUGUGUAUUAUUCUCAGAUUGAUUGAUUCUUUUACAUGCACGACAGUGAUGAUGAUGAUCAGCAUGUUCCUCGGCUCUGUGCGUGCAUGCACAUUUGGCAUAAAGGAUCUGCAGAAGAAGGCUUCAUUUAUUAAAAUCGCGUCGGUCUCUUGCCUGCCGAGGCCCUUGAAGAAGAACAGGACACCCAGCCCCAUGUUCUCCACUGCACUCGUCGAGAGAGGGCGCCAGAUUAGAAACGAAAUCGGCAGGUUUACAGUGGUGAAUAAUAUUGCUUGAUGAAAAUGAUAUCCUGCUCAUGUCCUGGCAGCAUUUCGCCCAGGUACGGUUCUAGUGGUUUUCUGUUCCCUUGUUGUACCGGCCAGUUCUUUGCAUAAUAUCUCACUGUUUCAUCCGUCCCCAUUGUGAAGGAGCUCUCCAAUCACACAGGCAGUCAGUCCUGAGGUUGGUUCCCUACAGCUGGGUAAUGGCUUGUGUUCCCUUUACGCACGUCACAGAAAACUGCAUUCUGCGCCGUUAGGAGAAGGGAAAGGAAGUACAAGAAACGGGGGACUGUGACAGACUGUUUCGUUGGACUUUCAAGUUUCAACUGAUUAGUGUCCCCCUGGAUCAGAACAUCACUUGGCCGACUUGCAAAUUGCCCUGCAUGGAACGGGCUGCGGGGGGGAUCUUCAAAUCAGGGCACAGGACACACUCCAGGACAUUCCAAAUUCCGCCAUCGCUUAGGCGACUUGGAAAAUUGUUAGCCAGUUUUUCUGGUACCUGGCCUUGCUCACUGGUUUACUCACUGGGAUGCGGGACACCUUUGUGAUCCGUGUUCUCUAAUUUUGCUGGGGACGUCCUUAAUCUCUGUGGUCUCGCAGCUCUACUGAUUUCGAGCCUGUUUGUUUGCAUACCGCCUUAAAGUUUUGGCAUCCUCUUUAUACGGACGGACUCUCUGGCAAUUUUACCUCAGCAUCUGAAUCUUCACCUCCAGAAGGUAGUAAUAUUACCUUCUGAGGGAAGGAGACUUUGCAAUUGAGGUCCAGCGAAGGCACUGAGGGACCAUCCAUGUAAACUGUGCCAUGCUCGGCCUGGUGAGUGUUUUUUAUCUGUGUCUCACAUCUCUGUCUGCAUUGAACAUGCACCUGGCCAUUAUACGGUCAUUGAUCGUGCCUCUGAACACUAUGCGCCGUGGGACAGCAGAAGCAUGGUUCACGUGUCGAUUGACGUUGCCAUUAUCCAUUGCGCCAAAAAAUGAUGAUGUUUUCGUGUCUCAGCAACCCGUACACAAAUCUUUUGUGUUCAGGAUCACCUUACUGCCCUUCUGCCGGAGCAGGGCAACAUUUCAACACUCUGUGAGUCUGUGGCCUUCUUGUCUGCAUGGCUACGGAUACUGCUACGCUCGGUUGCAGGUGUCAUUCUCUCUGGCAGAAUCGGUGUAUUGCCAGGGUCUCUGCAGCCAUAUGUGCAGAAGCUCGCCCUUCCUUGCCUGACCGUGUGGACCCUCUGCACCCAGACAUGUCCGAUUUUUGGCCAGAGACAUUAUUAUGAACUCUUGCUUUCCGUUGAUGGCGGUGUGCUCCCUUUCACUUCUUGUACUUUUUUUUUUUUUUCACACACACAGGGCGACGGGCAGUUAAUUCAGUUGAGGGGGUGUAACCUGCAGCCGCGUGGGUCUUUUCGCCCCUUACUCUUUUAUCCUGGCUUGCGACCCACAUGCCACUUGUUGUGAGUGCUUUGUGGGCAUGUACAGCUGUUGUGCUGAGAACUG